AUGGCUGAGAUUUAUAACACGGACCGCUUUGCAGAGCUCUAUUAUCCAUCCAAUACAGCCGAUCUACUGCAUCUGGGUCUCGCAGCGAGAUUCGUGGCGGCGCUUUUCGAGUCGAGUCGGGUUACUUACGCCUUUAUCGGAGGAUGGGCGGUCUAUUUGCGGGGUGGUCGCCGGCGCACCCAAGACAUCGAUAUUACAGUUGCCACUUCGAUGGACCAUUUGAGGCAGAUUUUAACUGCGGAACCCCGGUAUUUAAUUAAUCCUUCUCUCUUUAUCCUCUCCCUCUCUCGCCAGGUGCUAUGUGAGUUUUCUUUGUUGACCUCUACUAGUAUUCAUUUUCCGGCUAUUCAUGGUCGAACUUCAGUCCAAAUAUUCAUUGACACGGGUCGCAGCGUGGACGGGGAAUUCCCUCACGUCCCUGAUUUGGCGGUCAGUAUGGAUAUUGUGAUCAGUGGAAACUUGGGUACACCGGAGGAUCUUCAAUCCUCACGCGAGCACAUCAAUCCGCAUAGACCGACGCCAUUGGGAUCACCAGUCUUGGUACUAGGGUUGGUCUUUCAGAUCUAUGCAAAAUUAGAGGCAUUCUCCCGACGCGGAGAACAAGAUAGCAAGGACUUUGUGGAUUUGGAGUUUCUUUUCACACAAUAUGCGAUUCAAAUACCAGCAUUCAGAGACUGUUUUAGCAUUGAGCAGCGACAGAAUUUCUGGAUGCAAUAUGCCACCAAAUAUGCGACCUUUCCGGAACAAGUUGAGAAUAUGAGGAACCUCCUUGGGCUUUGA